AUGAGUACUUGCAUACAUUGCAAUAAACCUGCAAAAUUUGAGUGCCUAUGCAACUCUCAUCCUCAAUGCUUCUGCGAGUCACAUCUUCCAGAUCACAUAAUAAACAACGUGACUCUAGUUCAUAAGUCACAUGCAAUACAAGGAGCUAAUGAAGAAAACAUUGAAACCUUUGUCUGCACUAUCUGCGAAAAGAAGCCUGCAGAGAUGAUUUGUCUUUGCCAAGGUAGCAAGACCAAGCUCUGCCAGCCCUGCACAUUAGUCCACUUUAAAAAACACCCCGAAAAUUCACAUCCUUUAGAGCCAAUUCGUGCUGAUGAAUUUUUAAAAAGUGCAGCUGAUUUAAAUGAGUAUUUAGGAAGAAAACAAAUUAUUGAUUUCUAUAUGAAUGAACUGAGGAUUAUGCUUAUUUAGAGAAAAUAAAUACUUACUCCCCCCUCCGUGAGCGAACAAAACUUAGGAAAAUCCCUAUUUUUUGCCCAAAAACUCAACCUCCAUAAUUGAGCAAAAAAUGUUUUUAAUAUAGAAAAAAUUUUUAUAUAUAAGUGAUAAAUAGUAUCAUAAAAUCUCGAGCUAAUUUUGUUUAAUUUUAAAAUAAAUUGCGCUUUAAAAAAUCAAUUUGAAAAAUUGAUUAAUAUUUGCCUUCCAAUUUUCGAGAAGUGGAAAUUUUUUAAAUUCCGAAAAAAAAAAAUUUCUUUAAAAUUUAUAUAUAAUUUUUUUUAAAAAAAAAAUUAACCCCCUCCGCGAGCCAACAAAAUUUUUUGUUCCCUCACUCUCACGGAGGGCGGGGGAGUUAGUAAUUGCUUAUAGAAAUAUAAAAUAUUUUUUUAAUAAAAAAAUUGAUAGCUUUCUGAAUGGUCAUAAUAUUUCAAAUCUAGAAAAGUUUUCAAACGAUUUAGAUUUGACAAGGACUCAGCUGGUCAAUCAUAUUGACAAACUUUUCAAUGAAGUUAAAGAAGAAGCAGUGACAGGAAAAGCUAAGUAUGAAGGAUGGAUCAACGAACUAGAAAACGCAAGAUAUAAAAAGGAAUUAGACGAAACUCGAUGGGCUGACUCUUUAAUUAGAAGGUCAAAUUUGAACAAUAUGGCAACGGUUGCCCAAGAGCUUAAAGUAAAUUUAUCUGAUUUAGAUAUUGAGCCAGCCGUCAGAUCUAUUGCAAAUAUCGCGAAAUUGAGUUUUGAAGAGCCUCAUUAUGACCAGAAAAUAUGCUAUUUUAAGGCUAGGUAUAAAGAAUUUACAUGUGUAAAUCUGAAUAAGCUGGAAGUCUCAAAAGUGAAUUUCCCAGCUACUUUUAAACUGAAAGAUGGUGGUAGUUGAUGCGAUAUCGGCUUUGGGAAGAUUUUCCACUGUGGAGGUUUAGAUGAAAGCUCAUUCAGCUCUUCUGCUUGUCUUAUUGAUACUGGCUCCCUCAAUUUUUCAGAGCUCCCCAAUAUGCAUUUCCAAAAAGCUCUUCCUGGCCUUUAUUAUUUUCAAAAGCGUGUUUUUGUAUUCGGUGGAUAUUUUAAUGGAGAAAGUUUAAAGUCUGGAGAAGUUUAUGAUUUUUCUAAAAAUGAAUGGAAAUUAGACUAGAUUAAGCUGUGUGUUUAUAGUCCCCACUUCCAAACCUACGCGUUCUGCAGCUGUCGUUGCGGGGUUGGCUCCAUGAAGGCUUCUUGAGCCUGGGCCGAAACCCCCAGUUUCUCGGUAGUUCAUUUUCCCUCCUUAUCCGAGUCAUACAGAUUUUGCCGGGAACCACUAUUUCCAACUCAAGGCCAGAAUUACCCCACCUUGCUACAGCUUGGCCAGAUCUACCCUUUUGGUAGGGACCCUUUUCGACUGGAGAGAUUUGUAACAUUUUAAUCUCUUGUCGACCUUCCCUCUUUUCCGGAUUAUCUCCGAGAAAGAAUUCAACCCCUUCUGGGAUUCGGGGCGAAGCCACCAAGUAGCUUAGGCAGGUAGCUCACCCUGUCUCUUUCGGACACCGAGUCUAGGCCUCAGCGCUACUGGCAAAAAGAAUGCGAAAACCUGCUGCCCGGGUAGGCCACAAAAUCAGGGAAAUUUUGCUGGGCCUCUCGCCUCUAGGCUUAUCCUUCCCUUGAGUAGCUCUCCGUACCCAAAAAUCACGUCUAGUAUAUAUAAGGUCACCCACCACAGGAGGACGGGCCGCUUGUCUCCAGCCAUUUUAUGUAUAUUAAAAAUGAAUGGAAAAUCCUGCCAGACAUGCCGACAGCCAGGAGUGCGUUUACAAUAGCGAGGCUUGGGAAGUUUUUGUAUAUGUGUGGAGAUUCACAUAAAGUUGACGUUUUUGACACUGAAAGAUUGUGCUUUGUGGAUUGUGAUAUUGAGCUACCUGAGGCUGACUCUUAUUCCACCCUAGUAGAAAAUAAUGAUCACUUAUUACUAUUCCAGAAUGAAAAGUGCUGGAAAAUUGAAGUCAGCGCAAACACAGUUCAAGAACUUACAAGAAUACCAAAAGGACAAUGAUGGAGUGUUUUCCCUCCUAUAUCAUUUCAAGGGAAUCUAUUUUUUACGAGAUAUGACGAUUUCUCGCUGUGGAGGUUUGAUACUGAAAAUUAUGAGCUCAGCAAGCAGUUAAGGUUUUUAGAAUAA